UAUUAGUAAUAUUCAUAUGUGUGCUUGUGUAAUUUUACAGUAUUAAUUAUAUUAUUUUGUUUCUUGUUAAAUCUUAAGAACAAUAAACAUGACAUUGCUUAACAAAAGAAAACAUGAAGAAAAUUUUAUUGACUCAGAAGAUGACUCCCAAGGUUCUGAAAUCGAUUCACAAGAUGAAGAACAAACGGAAGUUGGAAAAUUUGUUUUGGCCAAACCAGAAUCUACUGAUGCUCCAAAAGCUAAGAAACCUAAAAAUGAUUUAUACAAACAACCCACCGUAGAAGAAUUAAAUCAAUUAAGAGAAACUGAAAAUCUUUUUAACUCAAAUUUAUUUAGAUUGCAAAUCGAAGAAAUGUUAAGCGAGGUUAAAUUAAAAUCAAAAUAUGUAAAAUUAUUCACUACUUGGUAUGAAGAAUUUGCUAGUGUUAUUGGUAGUCUCAAGGAUAAAAAAAAUGAAUAUGAAAUAUCAGAUCUUAUUUGGUUAGAAUCUAUGAAUGUUAAAUUUCCAAUAAGUGUGGAUUCAAGAGAAUCAAAAGGCGUAUUUAAAUUUUAUAAACCAGCAUCUGUGAAUAUUGUCGGAUCUUAUAAUUUAAAUGUGACAUUAGGCAGUAUAGUUAAUAUUGACAUCAGUGUAGAAAUGCCUAAGAAAAUGUUUCAAAAGAUGGAUUAUCUGAAUCAAAGAUAUCAUAAAAAGCGUGCUAUGUAUCUAUGCCAUAUUGCUAACAAACUGCAAAAAUCUAAAAUUAUUGAAAAGCUUGAAUUCUUCCACAAAGGUGAUAUUUUAAAACCUUUGCUUAAAGUUACACCAUUAGGUAAUUUAAGCAAGCACAUUUCAAUUAUUGUCCAUUCGACAUGCGAAGAAGAUAGUUUUAAAUUGAACAGAUUUAAUCCUAGUAAAAGCAAUGUUAGAAAAAAUUGGUUUACUGGAGAUGGAUCAGAGGAUUCAGAAGCUGGGGAAGCAACUCCGAGAUAUAAUUUUUCGGUAUUGCAAGAUUUAGCAAGGAGUGAAAAUGAAGCCUUGAGAUUAAGUGUUUUUGAUAAGAAUCAAAAUUUAAAAGAUGGUUUAAUUUUGUUGAAUAUUUGGCUUAAGCAGAGACAGUUCGAUGCAAGUUGCAGAGGUUUUACGGGGUAUAUAAUGUCUAUGUAUAUGGUAUAUCUAGUGAAACAAAGGAAGUUAAAUAAUGCAAUGAGCAGUUACCAAAUUAUAAGAAAUGUUUGGAACAGUUUAGCAAACAGUAUGUUGCAUGAGCAUGGGAUAUCUCUAUAUUCGGGAGAAUUAAAAGAAAAUCAGCCUUCACUUCUUGAGUUUGAUUCAAAUUAUGAUGUAGUUUUUGUUGAUGGAACAGGACAUAUGAAUAUAUGCUCACAAUUGUUACUAGAUGUGUACUUGAGGGUGAAAUCGGAAAGUGAAAAAGCUGUUAAAUUGUUGGAUAAUGCUAAUAUAAAUGGAUUUCAAGCAUUAUUCAUGAAUUCUAUGCCAUUUUAUAGACAGUGUGAUCAUAUUGUACAGAUAAACAGAAAAGCUCUGAAAUCAUUAAUAAGCAAGCACGCCAGUGAAAAAUCUAAAUUGGAUCUUGUAGAUGAUUCAUAUACAUUAGGACUUGGUGUUAUUAUGGACAUUCUAAGAAAGGGUCUAGGAAAUAGAGUAACCGCUAUAAUUCCUAAAUUAGAAGCACAGCAAAUCUGGGAUGUCAAUGCGGACUGUAAAAAAAUUAAGAACAAUGUUUGUAUAGGUUUUAUUUUAAACCCUGAAGAGGCCUUAAAUGUUUUACAUAAGGGACCUGGAGCAAAUUUACCAGAAGCUGAAGAGUUCAGAAAAUUUUGGGGUUCAAAAUCAGAAUUGAGAAGAUUUCAAGAUGGUUCAAUUUCAGAAGCAUGUGUUUGGGGUAAAUCAACCGAUACCAUGUCUGCAAGGAGAAAUAUCACACGAGAUAUUGUUUUAUAUUUAUUACAAAAUAAUUUAUCCAUACAAGCAGAGCACAUAAAAUAUAUUUCAAAUCAAAUUGAAAGUAUUUUAAAAUUGCUGUCUGUGAAACCACAAAGUUUUGAAUAUGGAACAGGAGAAGAAGCUACAAUGAAGGUUAUCCAAGCUUUUGAUUCUUUGUCAAAAGAUUUAAGAAAUUUAAAAGAUCUGGCGUUAGAAAUUACAGCAUUGCAAGGAAUAUCUUCUGUUUUUAGAUUCACAAAUUGCUUUCCAGCAUUAGGUCUUCAUCAUAAAUCUGGAUCUAAUAAACUGACCAAACAAGAUGAAAAUUUACCCAAUAUAUUAUUACAAGAUACCAACCCAUGUCCUAACAUGUGCCCAAUCUAUACUCCUGCAAAUGAAGCAGUAUUACAAUUAGGUCUGAGCGGUAAAUGGCCAGAAAAUUUGCAGGCGCUCCGAAGAUUGAAAGCUGCAUUUUACAUUCAAAUUGCCAAUGGUCUUACCAAAACUUGCCAGAUAUCAGCAAGUGCUAAUCCUUUAUAUUUAGAUGUAUUUAAAGAUGGUUUUGUAUUCAGAUUGAGAGUGGUUCAUCAGAAGGAAAUUGGUUUGAUGAAACAACAAAUUGGAAUAGAUGGGGUUGUAAAGUAUAGGGAUACUGAAGAAAGUUUGUGGAUGGAAAGGGAAUUAGUGAUGAUGCCAAAGUUGACAAGUGCCCUGCUAGGUUUACAUCAUCAACAUUCGGCAUAUGGACCUGCAGUGUGCUUGGCAAAACGAUGGCUAUCCUCACAACUUCUGGACGACUCUCAUAUUUCUGAGAAAAUAAUUGAAUUAUUGAUGGCCGGUCUAUUUUUGAAUCCAGAACCAUAUGAUGUUCCAGUCCAACCUCAAAUUGCUUUUAUUAGAUUUUUAAAUCUAAUUGCAUAUACUGAUUGGACUACUACACCUUUAAUUAUCAAUUUUAAUUUUGAAAUGACAAAGGAACAACUAUUAGAAACAGAAACAAACUUUACAGUAAAUCGAUCAACUCUACCUCCACUUUAUAUAGUGACUCCCUAUGACACAAAUAAGUCUACCUGGACAAAAAUAUCUCCAAGCAUUCAGGUUCUUGUAAGAAUAGCCCUAUUAGGAAGACAGUCACUAGAAGUUAUUGAAAAUAUAUAUAAUACAGAGACUAGUUUAGAUUUUAAGGUAAUGUUCACACCAUCUAUAGAGGGAUAUGAUUUAAUAAUCAAUUUAAAAGUAUUGCAAUUACCUAGACGAUUCUAUUCAUUGAAAAACUACACAUUUGAAAAUAAAGAAAAUGAGGAACAACUUCAAAAGGAGCUUAUGGAAUAUGUGAAAACAGAUAAGGAGAAAAUUCCAAUCACUAAUUAUGAUCCAGUACAAUUCUAUUUGAAGGAAUUAAGGGAAAGUUAUGAUGAAUUUGCCUUAUUUUUCCACGACACUUAUGGAGGCGAUUUUAUAGCUGUUUUAUGGAAACCACAAGCUUUUGAGAAAAAAGAAUUUAAGGUAUCCCAUCUUAAUGGCAGAAAAGUCGUAACAGUUGACGGAAAACCAAUGCUAGUGUCUAAUCUAGGCGCAAUUAUCGAAGAUUUCUACAUAUUGGGCCAGGGAUUAGUGAAGAGUAUCGAGAACCUAACAAAUAAAGAAUCAGAAUAAAUAGUUGUAUUAGAGUAUAUUUAUUUUUUAUUAAAUUUA